AUGAGAGAGAAAGCUGUGGCUACUACUAGGAGGCUACAGUCAGAUUCUGGGGCCUUUGCGGACUGGGUGGCUUCAUCUUCGUCCUCCGCCGGGGACCUUUCUUUGGGAUUCAAUGCCGGACCCACCGCCGGUGGUAACACCAGCAACACCGGAGCCGGUGCCGGUGGAGGAAUGUGGCCCUCAUCUGCUACCACAAGGCAUGUUAACUACGGCCUACCUCCGGAAUUCUUCGUGGUUGCGCCCGCUUCUUUCCAUCAUAAUACUCAGCACCACAACCACCACCCGGAGGCUGCCACUGCCACCACCAUCAACUUCGAUCCUCAUGGCAUUAAUGCAUCUAACGCGGCGGCUGCCAUAGGCGUUGGCGUGAUUCCUCUCCUCACGGCGGCCCCUUGUCUAAAUAUGGGUCCUACAGAUGAGGACUUGUCGAGUAAUACACGAAAUCGUAGUGGAAGUGGGAUGCAACUGUGGCAAAAUCAGCAGGCCGGUAGAGGAGGUAGUAGCAGCGGUGGAGGCGAUGGAAUUGGCGGUUCUUCGUCCGGAGCAACCACAUGUCAAGACUGUGGAAAUCAAGCUAAAAAAGAUUGUAACCGGCAAAGGUGUAGGACUUGUUGUAGAAGUAGAGGUUAUGACUGUGCUACACAUUUGAAAAGCACUUGGGUUCCCGCUGCACGCCGCCGCGAACGGUUAGCUAUGGCCGCUACUGCCGCCACUGCAGGCUCUUCUCAGUCCACCUCCGGUGCCAAAAAACCUCGACUCGGCACUUCUUUAACUACUACUGCUUCUCAUACUUCAACUUCUAACAACACCCCUCCUAGAAGCUUUGAUACCAGUUCUAGCCACCAAGGUGCAAGUUUUAAAGAGCCAUUUCCAGGCCAAGUUCGAGCGCCAGCAGUGUUCAAGUGUGUUAAAGUGACUGCAGUUGAUGAUGGCGACGAUGAAUUUGCAUACCAAGCUGUAACGAGAAUUGGAGGCCACGUUUUCAAAGGAUUUUUAUAUGAUCAAGGGAUCGAAUCAAGAGAUGGGUUUCCCAACAUAUCGGACUUGCAUUUAGGUGGUAGCAGUGGCGGCGGCGAGGGAAGACACGGGGCUUCCUCUUCAUCCCCAGUUCUUGAUGCAUCUGAUGUUUACGCUUCCGGGGGCGGAUUACUCGGAGGAUCAAAUUAUGGCAUUCCAAUAAAUUGA